AUGUCAUUCAUUGGUCGAGAAAGAAUAAGUUCAAAUCAUAGUGUAACUCCACAAAAAAACAAUCGAGUAAAUAAUAACACAAUUAUCAAAAAUGAAUUAUUAGAUGAACAAAAAGCAGAAAUUAGAGAAGCAUUUCAAAUGUUUGAUAUGAACGGUGAUGGAUGUUUAGAUUAUCAUGAAUUAAAAGUUGCAUUUAGAAGUUUGGGUUUUGAUUUAAGUAAAAAAGAAGUACUAGAUAUUAUUAAAGAGUACGAUAUGGAUGACUCAAGAUUGAUAACUUAUGACAAUUUCUACAAAACAGGUAUGUAUAUGAGAAAAUGAGAUGUUGGGGGUUGAUACUAAUGUUAUUUUAGUCGGAGAAAUGAUAAUUCGAAGAGAUCCAAUUGAAGAAAUAAGACGAGCUUUCAAAUUAUUUGACGUAGAUGGUACUGGUUCAAUAAGUUUAAGGAAUUUAAGAAAAGUAAGUAAGGAUCUUGGUGAAAAUUUGACUGAUGAGGAAUUACAAGCUAUGAUUGAUGAAUUUGAUUUUGAUGAAGAUGGGGAGAGUACGUAAGGAUGCAAAAACACUGUAAGGAUGUAUAAACUGUCAGGAUGCAGAAAAACUGUAGUAAAACAGUAAGUAUGCGAUAUAUCAGUCAGGAUCCAACAGUACAGUAAGAAUGCAAUUUAAUUGAUUUAAUACUAACCAAUUUCAGUUAAUGAAGAAGAGUUUAUUAGAAUAUGUACUGAGUAAAUGUAAUAUUAAUAUAAGAAACUGUGUUUUUAUGAUUCAAAAAGAUAUACCAAACAACAAACACCAGUCUAAAAGUCAUAUUCUGUUUAAAAUGUAGCUAAGUCAUGGCUCUGUUGUUAAUACUCUCUAAUAUGGUGUAAAUGUUUCAUCUGAAACACAAUUGGUAGCUAUUCUAUUAUUUUGUAGUGUUUUAAUCGAAUUGAAAAAUUUUAUACUUAGAUUCACCAGGGUAUUAUUGAUUCAUUAUGUCAUGGGCAGUUAGAAAGAAUAGAUUUAUGAGAGAUAUCUCAAAAUAUACAGAAUCACAUAAGAAAGAAAUAAUUAAAAUGAAACAAAUAACAUCCAUGCCAACUUUCCAAAAUUUUUUCCCAGAUAAAUUACCAAGAUCAAAACAAAAAACUCAAUUUGAAGCAGGUAUAAUUGAAGGAGAUUUUGCAUAUAUUUCACAAGGUAAACAUAAAGGUAAAAUUGCACAAGUUUUAAAUUAUUCAACAGAAUAUGAUACUGUUGCAUUAUCAAAUAUUACAUCACAAAAAUUAUUACCAAAGACAUUUUGGCCGGAGGGUCAAACUUCUCAUGUAAUGGAAUUUCCUGAUUUCAUACCUAGAAAAGAUAUCAAAGUUGCCGGGAAGGAAAAAGUAGAUGAGAAGAUUAAUUAUAUAGUAGCUGAUGAAAUAGUAUUGAAGGAUAAGUAUUAUGAUGAAAGGUAUAAGAAAUGGAUUCCUCGUCGAUUCAUAAAACAUCAUGAAAAUAUAGAAAUCCCAUGGCCGAAUCCGUCAAAUGUCCUUGAAGAUAAUGAAUUGUCAACUCCUGAGGAAAUAGUAAUGGAAAAAACAUUUGAAUUUCAAUCAAUUGGAAAAUCUCCAAUCCCAUCUGAUUGUUUAAAUGAGUUAAGAAAUCCAUAUUCAAAAUACAAGAUUAAGAAAUUGGAUGGAUUACAAGUUUCAAAAUUAAAUGGUGUUGAAAUGCCAAUGACUAAAGAACAAAAAAUAUGGAAAUUAAAACAAGAAGAAAAACCAAAGAAAGAAUUAGUUCCUUUGAGUGAUGAUAUUAAAGAAUUUAUUGGUGAGAAAAUGGCUAAUCAUUUGAAUAAGAUUGAAUCUCCUGAAUUGAAAUUACAUUUAGAACAUUUAAGUAAAUUGAGAAAUAGAGAUUUUGAAAAUACAAUGAAAAAGAUUAAUGGUAAUAACUUGUAA